UUUUGACUGAUGCAUGGUAUUCAGAUAUCAAAAAUCAAAAGGUCUUAUCUAAGACAUCCAUCUCACAGUGAAUGACGCCACGAACGACACACGCACCAGCAAAAAGAGGUAGGUUAUCGGUCUCUCCACAGCCAGUCACCCAGACACACCCACAGAGAGGAAGCGAUACACACGGCACGCGACACAUCUUGGCUUAUGCAGCCAAUGCGACCACACACACACACACACACACACACAACUGAGACGCAGAAUUGCCCUGCGGCCAUGUGGGGGCGGGGCGGCGGAGUGCCGUGCCCGAAAAAAAGACGGACACGCACACUGCCGCCCACCCUUGCCUGCCUUCCGGACACCUUAGUGUCUGAAUGAGCGCACAAUGAUAUGAAAUGGCCCAGACUGCACACCACACACGACAAAAGGAACGAACCAACGAACCAACGAACGGCUUAAGCCCUCACCAUCCACUCACUCCACACACACGGGACACGCACACGGGACAUGCACGGCACUCCUCCCUAUCCAUCCGUCAGCUGACACAAACAAACUACACUGUGAUGUGGCCCAAGAGCAGCCACUCACACCCCCUCUCCCCUCCCCUCUCUCUGUUGCCUUGUCUACCAAUCGCUCUUGGCGCCAUCGCCACACCCGCAGCUACCCCCGUCCGCCCCAAAUGUCUCCACCAGCUGUGCCGUUGCCCUGUGGGUGCCGUUCAGCAUGCCCAUGCCUGUCGGCUCUUUCUUGUCCUCCCAAUACUGCAAAGGGCCGCCCGUGGUGGGCUCCAGAGCCACCUCCCUGCCCUUGGCACCGCCAGGCCUGUGUGCGUUGACAGAGACGUUCUUGCCGACGGCCCACUUCUCGGUGGCGAGCUCCUCGUCGAUCACGGUGGGCGGGGGCAGGUUUAGCAGCACCUUGUCGCCCUGCACACAUGGAUGGAUGGAUGGAUGAAAGGGGAGCCGGUGCGUGUGUUGUGUGGUCACCUACCUGUAUUUUGACGUCGAAUACUGCGAUCUUGUAGGGGUCCCCCGAGAGUGACUCGCCGGUUUGCAGGGAGAAGGUCUUCUUGUGCAGGGGACACGCCACCUUGGGCUCGUCGCCAGCCUCACCUACCACACAAACACACACACACACACACACACACAUGGAGGGGUGUUCCCUGGCCCCCCCUCCCCCCCCCUCUCUCUAUCUCCGUGUGUGUGUGCGUCUCACCGACGAGGCCCCUGGACAGCACGAAUGCCCUCUUGUGCGGGCACAUGUUUUGUGUGGCGAACCACUCGCCGCGCGAGGUGAAGUUGAAGACGGCCAGCUGCGAGUUGCCGUACUUGACGGCGGCCCCGCCGUCAGAGGGGAACUCCGAGACCUUGCCCACCUCAACCCACUGCCACGACGAAUCCGCUGACUCCUUCGUCACCUGCACGCCGAGAGAUGAGAUUGGGGCAUUUGGUGUGUGUUGUGGGUGGAUCGACAUACCUUUGCUUCGAAGGGUCCUGUUUCUUUGGGCCAUGGUGAGGGAAUGGCCUGGCCGCGCAUUGGCCGCUCGCCCAUGGCUGAAUGGGAGCAGAUGGAUGGAUGGAUGGAUGGGGCACUCGCUCUAUCUCUAUCUCUCUCUGUAUGUGAGUGAUCGAUGUGUUUGGUUUGUUUACUUACUUUUCUGUCUGUCUUGUGUGUUAGCGAACUGGACGAACUUCUUGCGGAGCGCCGGGUCCUCGACGACCUUCCUCCACUCACACUCGUACGUCUCAACCACAUACUGACACACACACACACACACACACGGAGAGGAUGUCUGUGUGCACGUGUGUGUGCGUGUGUGUGUGCCGACCUGCAUGCGAUCCUCCAGCUCCUGAGCGAUGCCCAGUUUGUCGUGCACCACCACCUGCUUGAGGUACUCGAUGCCGCCCUCCAAGUUCUCCAGCCACGGGGCAGUCCUGCAGCAACACCACACACACACACAAGCACACACAUAGAGAGAGGUGUUACAAAGCCAUUCCUUGUGCGUCUACUCUCUCUCUCUCUCUGUCUCUCUCUGUCUCUUUAUCGGUCACACUGACCUCUGCAGCGGAUCGGCCGUGUAGAUGUAAUACAUCAGAAAGCGGUCCAGAUACCUGCACACAGACAGACAGACAGACAGACAGAGAGAAUGAACGAACGCCUUCCCUCCAAAUGCCUCCCCUCCCCAUCCCACCCACUUGAUGGCGGUCUCUUCGUCGGCAUCAGCGGCGAGCAGCUUGGCGUGUGCCGGCCGCGCCCCCCCGUUGCCGCAGACGUAGACGUUGUAGCCCUUCUCAGUGGCCACCAGACCGAAGUCCUUACCCUGCGCCUCGGCACACUCGCGGACGCACCCCGACACGCCACUCUUGAGCUUGUGGGGCGAACGCAGGCCUUUGUAGCGAUUCUGAUCGACACACGCAGACAGGGGCCGGUGAAGACCGUCAUGUGUGUGUGGGCGUGGGUGGAAGGGGUGAGAAGGGGAGAGGGGAAGUACCUCGAGCCUGACGGCGGUCGAGACGGAGUCCUGCACUCCGUAGCGGCACCAGGUGUUGCCCACACAGCUCUUGACCGUGCGCAGCGCCUGAAUGGUCACACACACACACAUCCACACACAUGGGACACACUUCUUUGUGUGUGUCCGCCUGCAACACAGCGCAGCGCAGCGCACCUUUGCGUAAGCGUGUCCGCUUUCGAAUCCGGCCUCAACGAGUUUCUGCCAUAUGUCAGGGAGGUCGGGGAUCUGCGCGCCGAACAUGUCGAUGCGCUGGCCGCCGGUGAUCUUGGUGUACAGCCCGUACUCCUUGGCAACCGCAGCUGUGUCAACGGAUGGAUGGAACACACACACACACACACACAGAGAGAGAGAGAGAGAGAGAAGGAGGGCAUGAGCAUGGCAGGGCAGGGGGGGGGUACGGGCCGUCUGCCGUGGUGUGUUGGUUGUGCUGCUUUCCUUACCGAUGGCUGCAAGUCCGUCAGGGGUGACCUCGCCGCCUGGAAACAAAGAGACAGAGAGAAGGAGAGAGAGGAAACACCACACCAACAGAAUCAUGCUGUCCUGGCAUCCAUCCAUCCUUCGAUCCCCAGCCCACUCACUCAGGUACCCACCCACCCACCGGGUAUUCUGGGAAUGACGCUGUAGGUGCCGUUGCGCUGCACGUUGGCGAGGAACCGGUCGUUGGUGUCCUGCAGAGUGUUGCGGCCCUCGGCCAACACGUGGCUGUUCCACAACGACGCCAAUAUCGAGGCUAUCGCUGGCUUGCAGAGCUGACAUGCCACCACACACGCACACACACACACACACACACACACAGAGAGAGAGAGAGAGAGAGAGAGAAUUCCGGGUGUGUGCGAGGGAGGGAGGGGGAAGUGGCGGAAAUGCUUCUUCUCACCUCACAGCCGUCCUUGCCCGUGCCAGCGACGGCAAGAACGUCAUGGAACGAGGUGAGCGCCUUGAUCUUGAUGAUGUCGAAGAGCUCCUUCCUGCUGAAGGGGAAGUGCUUGCAGAUGCUCUUGGUGGCGGAAAGGCCGAGCUUCUUCAUCUCCUUGGCCAUGAUGCCCUUGACGGGCCCGAUGGCCACGCACCCGCCGCAGCCCGUGCCCGUCUUGUUGCACUUCUUCAUGGCCUCGAGCGUGUGGUGGCCCUCGCGCACCGCUAAACGGAUCAUCCCCGCCGUCACGCCGUUGCACGUGCAGACAAGAUCGUCGUCCUCUAUGCUGCACCAACCAACGAACGAACGACAUGAAGGGUGUAUUGGUGUGGGCGGCUGUGAGUGUCUUUGUUGUGAUGAUGUCUUACUCGUCUUCGCCGGCCCCGGCUUUCUUGGCAGCCGCACCGCCGAUCAGCUCUGAGGGCUUCUUGUCGCCCAGUGUGCCUGACCAUGGUCGGGGGGGACCCCCAGUAUCCAUGAGAGAGGGGGGGGUGGGGGACACUCUGGCCGAUGCUCACCUUUCAUGGCGAGUGAGAGGAGCUUGCCGUAGUCGGCCGCAUCGCCCACCAGGAUGGCACCCAUCAGCUUGGUUCCUGACCCAUCCAUCCAUCCAUCCAUCCACACGCACACACACAUACACACACACAGGUCAGCCAGCGCAUCUUCCGCCAGCCCCCACCCACCGGCCUUGUCGACGACAAUCUUCUUGUACACGCCGUUGACCUCAUCCAGGUGGGUGAGUUUCUUCAUGCUGGGCGCGUACCAAUGCCGCUGGAACCAGAAGUCUGCCGACGCGCCGAGCGAGGCCACGUCCACCCCCAGCAGCUUGAGCUUGGUCGACAGGUCGGAACCCUCGUAGGCCUUCUCGUCCGCAGCCGACUCCGCCAACAGGUUGUGCACCAGCACGUCCGCCUGCUGCACCCCCGGCGCCCACAGCCCGUAGCACAUCUUGCCGCGGUGAGAGGCCACCUGCGGCAAAGAGAUGAGAGGUGAGCGUGUGUGUAAGUGUGUGUGUGUGUGUGUGUGAGGGUGUCUUGUGUGACUGACCUCUCCGAUGGCGUAGAUGUCGGGGUUUGAGGUCUGGCAUUUGUCGUCGAUCUUGACGCCGCCGCGGCCGCCGAUCUCCAGCCCGCAGUCACGACCCAACUCAUCACGGGGGCUGAUCGAUUUACACACAAGCACACACACACACAGCGGGGAACUUGCAGGGUCAUGCGUGUGUGUGGAAGGGCGGUUUGUUGUGUGUGCAUACCGACCGGAUGCCGCACGAGACGACGAUCAUGUCCAUGGGGAUGGUGAGCUCCUCGUCGCUGUCGCCCUCUGCCAUGCGGACGCCGCAGAACCUGCCAGCCUCGUUGGUCAGAAUCUCCUUGAUCUUGGCCUUCAGAUGCACUGAGAUACCCAUUCCUGCGACCAUACACACACACAUCCCCCCACACCUACGCACUGUCACGCGGCUCUGUGUGCGUCGGUCGGUCAUUGACUGACCGACCUUCGAUUAUGUUGGUGAGAAUGAGCCCUCCCUGCUGGUCCAGCUGUGUGGGCAUCAGGUAAGGCGCCACCUCGAGGAUGUGCGUCUCCACGUUGAGGUCGUACACCGCCUUGGCCGCCUCCAGACCCAGCAGCCCUCCGCCGAUGACCGCCGUGCGCUUGGCCGUCUUGCUGUACUCGAUGAUCUCCUGCAUGUCCUCUAUCGUCCGGUACACAAACACACCAGGCACAGUCGUCUUCAAACCAGGGGCUGAGAACAGACAGACCCAGACCCAGACACAGACACAGACACAGACACAGACACCCACACACCAACAGACCAGACCACUCAGUGAAGUGCACUCUCCGUGUGUUUGUUGUGUGGUGUGGGUGUGCUUACAAGGCGGGACGAAGGGGAACGACCCCGUGGCUAGAACGAGGACGUCAUAGGGCACCUUGUCGUUGACGAGCUUGUUUGCCGGGUCGAUCUUGACGGCCUUCUCGCCCAGCAGCAGCUCGAUGCCGUUGUCGGUGAAGAACGACUUGUCGCAGAGGGACAGCUUGUCGGGGUCACGGUGCUCGAAAAAUGACGUCAUCUUGACGCGGUCGUAGGCGUGCCGCGCCUCCUCGCAGAAAGCCGUCAGCUGGUACCUCUUGCCCUGGUCCUUCUCCACCAUUUGCUCUGUGCAGACGGAACGGACAGGGCGCACACACACAGCGAGAGAGAUCCAUCUUGAGGCAAUGAGUGCACCAGUGCACUGCAGGUGCUCAUCCCCCUCACCGAGGAAGUGCUGUCCGAUGGGCCCGUUGCCCACCACCACGAUGCGCUUCUGCCGCCCGUUCAUCCCUGAUGGCUCGGGACUCAUGGUCGAAAGUCAACGAGGGAUGAGUCAAGGAGUCUUGCUCGGUGAAGAUCACCACCAACGCAGUGCGCCCUGGUCACAAAUUGAGGCGGCGGCAGCUCAAAAGCGUCGAAAAG